GAGAGAGAGAGAGAGAGAGAGAGAGAGGAAGAAGAAGCAGCAGCAGCAGCAUUAUUGAUCCGAAUCGAAGGAAGACCAAAUUCCAGAUAAACAAUCACACUGGCGUGUGAAGCGCACUUGUUUAUCGUUUCUAAUUACUAGCUCUACCCCAACAAUAGCAAUCAAACAAAAAAAAAAACCCACAAAAGACAAAUAAAAGCCCUUGACAAAUUGAAGAAGGCCCAUUGGGGGUGGGUUCCCCAAUUAACUGGGCAGAUUAAUUGUUGCUAUGGAUUAUUGUGAGACACAAGUGAGUUUUGGGAAAGUUGGUUCAAAAUGGCAGGAUUGUUCUCAAUAGGUGAAGGAAGAGAAACAAGCAGCAGCAGGAAUACAAACAACCACCUAUUAGAUAUUCAGCAACAUAAUCAACAAAGCAGCAGCAGUGGCCACACCACCACCAACUUCCUAUCCUUAGCGGCAGCAGCAGCAGCAAACGAAAUCAGUCACCAUGAUCAGACCUGGUUCUCGUACAGAUCAAAUGAUCAUCAUCAUCAUCACACACAUGAUCACAACUCCUAUAGGGGUUUUGAGCUGUGGCAAGAACCAGCUGUACCCCCACAACAACAACAACAACACCACCCAUUACCAUUUCAAGACCUUUAUUCAUCGGCGGCAGGGGGCCUAGCCAUGGUGCCCAGCCGGAACUCGUUUAACAUAUUUGAGGAGGAUGAUACUUCUUCGAUGAUGAUGAUGAUGAGAUCUGGUGCUGGGUUUAUGAUGAUGAAUAGUAGUUGUGGUACUGGGGUUGGAGGAGGAGGAGUAAGCUGCCAAGACUGUGGGAACCAAGCAAAGAAGGACUGCCAAUACAAGAGGUGCAGGACUUGUUGCAAGAGCCGAGGGUUUCAUUGCCAAACUCAUGUCAAGAGCACUUGGGUUCCUGCUGCUAAAAGGCGUGAGAAACUACUACUACUUCAACAACAGCAGCAACAUGAACAAGAACAAAAACAGCAACAGCAACAGCAUCAUAGAGAGCAUGAUCCCAAAGGGCAUAGAGAUAGUACUAAUAUUCCAACAAAGGGUGGUGGUCGAACUGGUUCCUCCUCCCUCGUUUGCACUCGUUUACCCACAAGUACUAACCCCACAGGGCUGGAGGCAGUGGGAAAUUUUCCGGCAGAAGUGAAGUCAACAGCAAUUUUUCGAUGUGUUCGUGUGAGCUCCAUGGGCGAUGAUGAAAUUGAUAUUGAGGGUACUCAUGAUCAGGACCAGUACGCAUAUCAGACGGCUGUGAGCAUAGGAGGCCAUUUAUUCAAGGGAGUGGUCUAUGAUCAAGGCCCUGCUCAUCAUCAUCAUCAUAGCCACCAUUGCGAUCAUGUGACCGGUGCCGAAACCUCUUCCAGUACUGGGCUGCUUAAUCUCAUUACUGCAGCCAUGACCACCAAUACCACCUCCACCGCCACCGAUGCUGUGGGUGGUGGUUCUCCAGCCCCAGCAUUUUUUGACCCGUCACUGAACUACCCAGCUCCCCUUAACACUUUCAUGUCCUCCGACACUGAAUUUUUCCGGCACCAAAGAUCUUAAUAUCACAUAUGUACUCUCUCUCUCUCUCUCUCUCUCUCUCUCUCUCCUGUGUUACAAAUAAAGAUACGUGUUUUUUUUUUUUUAUCAGAAAUAAAGAUACGUGUUAUCUCUUGUCUUUCGAAAUUAGAAGACGAAGAGGUAAGAGAGAUAUAAA